AUGGCAACAAAAUUACCACCCAAUAUUCUCACAUAUCUGGCAACACACGUCGAUAAAAAAGACAGACUUAACUGUGCUAUAGUCUGCAAGCAGUGGACAGAGCCAUUUUUAAACGCUUAUUGGGCUCAAGUUUACUUUAGCGGAUAUAUGCUGGACAAACUAUGCGACAAAUUCGAUCUUAAAGAAGUCUAUCAAUGGAAUGCACAUCGAACGUGGGCUUUGAAUAUCAGAUUGUUUGCAAAUGACUUGAAAUAUAUUCCAGUAUUGCAGCAAACAUAUUCCAGAAUAAAGUAUCUUAAAUACUCAAUAUAUGACGAAGACAUAUUCGCUGUAAAAAUUGAUUGGAGUCUUUGGAAAACAUUAUCACACCUGGAACUAGAUUUUCAGAAAGUAGAGCUCACUAUAGAUGAAUUUCUCGAACAAUUGUCACCGUUGACUUGCCUUGUUCACCUCACGAUUUGCCAAUAUAUUGAUAAUAUAAACAGACCCGAUACUUCCCUUACCGAUAUGGAAUCAAUUCACAGCUACUUUCCACACCUACAAUAUAUCAAUAUAAAUACUUUAUUUAAACCAAUAUCCGAAAAAGAGAUCGAAACGAUAAGAAACGUCGAACCAGCACACACUGUUACCAAGAUUGUUUUAUAUUUUCCGUAUAUUGAUCCAUCGUGGAUAUUUUACUUUGCACACAAGUAUCCCAAUCUAGUCACCUGCAAUUUAAGGUCACGUGAGCGUAAACCAAGAUUCUAUCUACCACCUUAUGACCAGAAGAAAUAUCAGAUUCAACCUCAAUUACUGUUAUCCAGCAAACAAUUCUUUCCUUGUCUACAAACAGCAAACAUAAUAGUCCACGACAACAAUUACUGGUUAUUUUAUUUAUUUUAUGACACUCUUCAACGCUGUAACGUAAAGAUCAAGCAUGCUACAAUUAAGUUUAAUGAGAAUAUGUCAAAGGAAAAUGGUUUAAACUCGUGGAUCAAAUAUCUUUCUGAAUCAGUGAUUAGCUUGAACAUCUAUUCCAGCUGUUGCAACCAGUCUAUACCUGUAGAAACAAACCCAGUUGUACUUUACAAAAAUUUAACUGUAUUGAAGAUAUUAGUUUGUCCUCGUGUUGACAUGGAGAUUAUUUUGAAUUAUUGCCCAGUCUUGCGAUCAUUAUAUAUUACUGAUUCAAUGAUUCAUUCUCCCGAAUAUCCGCUGUCCAUGCACGCACCACACCCGUUACAAAGACUGGAAAUUGAAAUGGCAAAAACCAGUGUGUCUGUUUUUAAAUACAUAUCUUUCCGUUGUAGACAGCUGAAAUAUAUGAAAUUAAAAAAUAUUUUCUAUAAGCCUUCUGACAUGAAUGAAACGGGGCAAAUACUUGUGGAUAUGUCCUUUUCACAACUAAAAGUGUUAAAAACAAGCGAAUCCGAAAUUGAUGAUCCUGAAGAUAUUUAUGGUAUUAUUUCUCCUUUUUUUCUACAUAUUGUCAUUGAACAAAUUGGGAAUGUUGGUACUGAUCAAGUACAAGCACCUCGAUCAAACUGGUACCAUCUGUGCGUCGACAAAACAAACAGAAAGAGCAGAUUGUUGGCAUGGGAACUUGGAAGACGUGACAUUGAAUUUUGCCAGCGAUACCUUAAAGACUUUAAACGAAGAAAAGGAAGGGAAAAGAAACGAAAGGACAUGAAGAGAUCUGAAUAUAAUUAUAAACUUAAAAGAUUUUGGAAAAGAGAUCUUCAACACGGUGUCUUGAUAUUUCGAUUGAAAUCUGUUGAAACCUAUUUUCUUUACGAAAAAGAUGAUAGAAACUUUUUCCUCUAUCUAGAACCGGAAUCAGAACCGGAAUCAGAAUGA